AUGGGUGCUGCUCCUUCUAGAAUAGUGGACAAUCUACUCGAGGAUACAAACUUUGAUAGGGAUGAAAUCGAACGAUUAAGGAAAAGAUUUAUGAAAUUGGAUAGAGAUAGUUCAGGUUCCAUAGAUAAAAAUGAAUUUAUGAGUAUCCCUGGUGUUUCAGCAAAUCCACUAGCUGGACGUAUAAUGGAAGUAUUUGAUGCUGAUAAUAGUGGUGAUGUCGAUUUCCAAGAGUUUAUUACAGGUUUAUCUAUAUUUAGUGGGAGAGGAAGUAAGAAUGAGAAAUUAAAAUUCGCUUUCAAGAUAUAUGAUAUAGAUAAAGAUGGAUUAAUAUCUAACGGGGAACUAUUUAUUGUACUAAAGAUUAUGGUUGGGUCAAAUCUAAAUGAUGAGCAGUUGCAACAAAUUGUAGACAGAACUAUAAUGGAGAACGAUUUGGAUGGAGAUGGACAUCUAAGCUUUGAAGAGUUUAAAAGUGCCAUUGAGACUACAGAGGUGGCUAAGAGCCUGACUCUUGAGUACGAUGUAUAA